ACGAAUACAAAACAUACAGAAUACAAAAUCCCCCAAGGAGUUAAAAAAAAAAAACUAAAUGGAGAAUCCGAGCUCAUCAAACAUAGAAGAAGUUCAACAAGAAUGUUAUGAUGAGUGGAUGAGUUUACAAGCCAAACGCAUGACGGACCUUAAACGAGCGUUAGCUAACGGUGAGAAAAACGAUGGCGCGCUUCGAGAAUUGAUACAGUCAGUGAUUGAAGAUUUUAAAGACUAUGCGCGAAAACGAUCAGAACAUUCUCGUCGAUAUAGCUCAAACUAUUUUGCUCCGACAUGGAACACUUGUCUUGAAAACGCACUUCUUUGGAUGGGAGGUUGUCGUCCUUCUUCGUUUAUACGACUCGUAUACGCUAUGUGUGGGUCUCAAACCGAGCUCCGUCUUACCAACUUCUUCCGUGACAACAUCGGCGGUCUAAGCAUGGCUCUGGGUGAGACACCUGGCAGGGUAGACGGAGCAGGCGAGUCGAUGAGUGAUCUAACGGCUGAGCAAUUAUUCAAGAUCAACGAGCUACAUAUGAAAACGGUGCAAGAAGAGAACAUGCUGACUAAGCAAUCGGCGACUUUACAAGAAGACACGGCGGAUAUGCCUAUCGCCGUCGCGGCGUUCCACAAAGAAAGGAUCGGAGAAGCCGACGUGGAGGUGGAGCGUGCGCUUGAUAAAUACGAGGACGAAAUGGCUCGUAUGUUAGCUGAAGCGGAUAAGCUGAGGUUAACCACUUUAACUAAAAUCGUUGAGAUCUUAACGGCGGUUCAAGCGGCGGACUUUCUACUUGCCGGGAAGAAACUUCAUUUGUCGAUGCAUGAGUGGGGCAGAGAGAGAGAACGUCGCCUUCUUGAAGCUUGUGGUGAUGAUUCCGGUGGAGAAUUUUCCGGAGGGUAAACUUUGUAGGUCGGACGUUAUCAAAUAUGUAGUAGAGGAUAAUAACAACAAGACUAUACUAAUCUUGGCAUUAUAUAAUAUAAAAUCUUCGUUUUUGAA